AUGCACGGCGCACUCUCCGUUUCCCUCGACGCACUCGAGAGAGCUGGACUUGUCUCUUCCGAGAUCCUUCGUCUCAGGAUGGAGGGACAAGUCGAUGUCCUCGAGCCAGUCUCCUCCAGUGACUCGUCUCUCGAACUAGAUGAAAGGGAUUUAGCUGUCACCUCGGAUUAUGAUCCAUCUAUCGAUGGAAAUUCGGAAGUUGGCUCAGUCACUUCAAGUAUAUAUGCACAUAUUCAUGAACACGGAAGACGAUAUCGUGAGUUGGUUUCCCUCAUGAUCAGAAAACGCAUUUCCCGCAGCUUCUUGGAGAAGGCUCAGGUUGUCCCGAACAAAUACAAGUACGGGAGAUAUCCUAUACCCAACGAUGAGAACGAAGAAGGUCGUGAAAGCCUACGGCACUCAAUGGUCUUGACGCUGCUCAAAGGGAAAAUGUUUCUUGCCCCAAUUGGGGAUAACCCCCAAAGGAUUGUUGACCUCGGGACUGGCUUUGGUCAAUGGGCGAUUGAGAUGGGGGAUGCUUUCCCAAGUGCUCAAAUCACUGGUAUAGAUCUGUCCCCCGUGCAGCCUGUUUGGGUUCCUCCUAAUGUCAACUUUGUCGUCGAUGACAUCGAAGAGGACGCCUGGGGAAAGGACGGUGUUUUUGAUUAUGUGCACUUGCGAGUCACUGCGAGCCUUCUCAAAGACCCUAUAAAAGUAGCCGCGACAGCUUUCAACAAGCUAAAGCCGGGUGGUUGGAUUGAAUUCCAAGAGAUAUAUCCAAAGGUCUCAUGCGACGACGGAAGCAUGCCCGACGACUUCCCACUCAUUGAACUCUACGACCUGAUCGAACGCUUACUGGCUCAACACAGCGGCUUCCAAAUAUUUAUCGCCGAGCACCUCCCGGACGAGCUCGAGAGGCUGGGCUAUGUCAACAUACAACGGCGUGUCUUCAAUAUUCCCGUGGGGACUUGGGCAAUGAGUCGCCGGCUAUCGAGGGCUGGUUAUUUAUUUCGGGUGGUCGUGGCUGAGCUUGUGCCCGUACUUGCCGCCAAGGCCGAGCAGAUCGGAAUCCCAUCUGAAGAGGUCGAAGGUCUCUCGUGUCGUGUCCUCGAGUCGAUGCAUGCCGAGCAACCAACAAACGUCCAUGCAUAUGUUCCAUUUCAUUUUAUCUGGGCGCAGAAACCAGAGUUAUGA